AUGUCGGUGUGGGCACACAUGGGCGGCGACGAGGCUGCGGCCGAGUACCAGGUAUAUCUCCUUUCGAACACCUUCCGCGCGACUAAUAACCAGAACCAGCCCCAAUCACAGACUCCAGCCCCGGCAGCCAACGCUGUGUCUCAGUACCCCGACAUCCCACCUGCCGACCAGCCAGGUCCAGGUGCGAUGUCGCAAGGGCAGUACCAAUACGUCGACCAUUCACUGCAGUCGCCCUCACGCGCCGCGUCACCUGCAGCCUCCAGCACAGGUCGGAGUCGAAGUGAUGGCGAAUCUGCAAUGUAUCACCAGCUGCCCUCUUUUCCUCCCUUCGACGCCCCUAUCCCCGAUGAGGCAACCAUCGAAGAGAUUUGCAUCAGGUACCCCAACCACCUCCGGGGCGAGUAUCUCGAUGCCUUCAUCCAGUGGAUGUGGACAGCCAACCAAAUUCAUGACCGCUUGACUAAGACGGCGCUCGAAGAAAUCAACAGCACCGGCAUUUCGCGCAGCAAGUCAGUAAACAACCGUGCUAACUUCCUGAUGAAGAGGCUCGAUGCGCGCAUGAAUCGUUUCACCGAAGAACAAAUGGCCGCGUUGUGCCUCGCGCCCAACAAGCUUCGAGGCUGCUUGAUGAACGGUGGGGUGACGGAUGGCAGGAACAAGAUGCAGGGCAAGUUCCACAACGAGAACGCUUCAUUGAUUCGAAGCACCGGGCGGGCACAAACGGCUGCGGCAGCGGAGAGAACCGUGAUGCUCGGUGGCAAGGAAUAUCGCCUUUGGCAGACUGAGGCCGAACUGGAGACGUUCAACAGAGGCAUUGCAACACGAUGGAACCGACAGCGCCAGCGGGCAGAGGAGAUUAUCAAUGCCGAUGCCACAUAUGAUCUGAUUGUCAGUCGAGGCCGACGAAACCUUAUCAUGCGAAUGACCAACUGGCCAUUCAACCCCUCGACCGAGACCAUGUUCAGCUUCCUACACGUUGAAGCGUGUCCCGCCUUCAUCAGAGCCAUGGGCGACUUGGUCGCGGAGCACGUGGUCCACAUGUUCGACUCUUGUCAACCGCCUGGCCGGACCGUCGAUCAAAAGGUGGUGUUAACUCGAAAGUCCGCAGAGGACUACGUCAAGCAAGCUUAUGCAGCCAGGCUUAGCAGAUUAGAGAAAGUUGUUGCGAAAUUGCCGGCCGAGGGUCUUGUGAAGGGCCUCGUCGACGACGUCCUGUCCUGGAAUGGAGACGGUGCUCAAGAGGGUGAUCUCGUAAUGGACGAACCGCAGUUGUUGGAGAACCCUUCUGAUGGAAACACAGCGACGGCUCAUGACUAUGCAGCUGGCCCCGACGACCCCUCUGAUGGCAACACUGUGGCGGCUCUCCAACAUGCAACUGCAACUGGCCCCCACGAAUUCGUUGGCAACCCCUUUGAUGAAAACACUACGGCGGCUCAUGAAUAUGCAAUUGGCGCCAAUGAACUCUAUGCCGACUCGACUGCAAUGGAUCUCGACUCAGCAGCAGGACCACCUCCAUCCAUGCUUCUCAGACCGACGAUCACCCCGAAGCGAGCCAGAGAAGAGCCAACCCAGCAGCUCGGAACCCUCAAGCGGAGAUGUGUACAGCCAAGCAUCACGCCAGAGGCAUUUCGCUUUGAGGCAAGUACUCCUGCCGACACCACGUCCUAUCACGCCAGAGACAUGGUCGCCGCCACCAGCGCCACUACCGAUCAAUACGCCACACAGAUCGACGCCGACAUUGCUCGUGCAGCAGGUGCGUCCAUGAUAUCUGAUAUCAUGGUGAUCAAUAACGGGCGUUGUGACCAUGCGGUAAGCACCUCUGCACCAACUUGGCACUCGUCGAUGCCAACUGGUGCUGUUUCGCAAAAAGUGCCACAACAGGAAGUAAUAGGUGUAGGAGCAGAUACCGUGUUGGAUCAGGCGCCUGGUACAUCUCAAUCACCCUCCACUUGCUCUGCUGCUGAUGUUGUCUUUACCCUAGAGGUGCCACCUGCGGAGCUCCGAAAAGAGUUCGACGUCGGAGAUUUCGCGAGCGAUGUUUCAGGUUUUGAAGAGCCAAACACUGGCGCGGUCGGGACGGUGACACAGAGCGGUGCAGCUUCUCACGCGGUCACAGGAGUGAACAGUGUCGGUACAGGCCACCACAACGGGGCAGGCGGCGUCGUUAAUCCUGGUGAUAACAGCAGCGAUUUCGCAACCUGGGACCUGCCAGAUAUGAUCGACAAUGACGAGGACUGGUUGAAGGAGUCGGUCGCAGAAGCGUUUGCAAUGGGGCCACCAGAUCUGGAGGAGGUCUAG